AUGACAGCCUCCCGCCUGGACUUUGGGGAGGUGGAAACUUUCCUGGACAGGCACCCAGAGUUGUUUGAAGAUUACUUGAUGCGGAAGGGAAAGCAGGAGAUGGUGGAGAAGUGGCUGCAGAGACACAGUCAAAGUCAGGGGGCUUUAGUGGCUGGCACAAGCGGCGUGGCUCACGGCGGUGGCAGAGGUAGUAGCAGCAGCGUUGGUGAUGGCACCGGACCAAAUGUCUCUGCUAGCAGCCAGCACACUCCGGGUGGUGGGGACUCAGGGGGGGUUCCCCUGAAUCCCAGCUGGGCCAGUGGCAGCCGCAGCGAUGGGAGCCUGCAGCGGAGAGCUUCUCAGAAAGAGCUAAGGAAGAGUUUUGCCCGCUCCAAGGCCAUCCACGUGAAUAGGACCUACGAUGAACAAGUGACCUCCCGGGCCCAGGAGCCCCUGAGCAGUGUGCGGCGGAGGGCACUUCUCCGGAAGGCCAGCUCCCUGCCCCCUACCACUGCUCACAUUCUCAGUGCACUGCUGGAAUCGCGGGUGAAUGUGCCUCAGUACCCCCCUACCGCCAUGGACUACAAGUGCCACCUCAAAAAGCAUAAUGAGCGUCAGUUCUUCCUGGAACUGGUCAAGGAUAUAUCCAAUGACCUUGACCUUACCAGUCUGAGCUACAAGAUCCUCAUCUUUGUCUGUCUCAUGGUGGACGCUGACCGCUGCUCUCUCUUCCUGGUGGAAGGGGCAGCUGCUGGCAAGAAGAGCUUGGUCUCCAAAUUCUUUGACGUGCAUGCAGGAACCCCACUGCUGCCCUGCAGCUGCACAGAAAACUCAAAUGAGGUGCAGGUCCCCUGGGGCAAAGGCAUCAUUGGCUAUGUCGGGGAGCAUGGAGAGACGGUCAACAUUCCUGAUGCCUACCAGGAUCGCAGAUUCAAUGAUGAAAUUGACAAGCUAACUGGAUACAAGACAAAAUCAUUACUGUGCAUGCCUAUCCGAAGCAGUGAUGGUGAGAUUAUUGGUGUGGCCCAAGCAAUAAAUAAGAUUCCUGAAGGUGCUCCAUUUACUGAAGAUGAUGAAAAAGUUAUGCAGAUGUAUCUUCCAUUUUGCGGAAUUGCCAUAUCUAAUGCUCAGCUAUUUGCUGCCUCAAGGAAAGAAUAUGAAAGAAGCAGGGCUUUGCUAGAGGUGGUUAAUGACCUCUUUGAAGAACAGACUGACCUGGAGAAAAUUGUCAAGAAAAUAAUGCAUCGGGCCCAAACACUGUUGAAAUGUGAACGCUGUUCUGUUUUACUCCUAGAGGACAUCGAAUCACCAGUGGUGAAGUUUACCAAAUCCUUUGAAUUGCUGUCCCCAAAGUGCAGUGCCGAUGCUGAGAACAGUUUCAAAGAAAGCAUGGAGAAAUCAUCAUACUCCGACUGGCUAAUAAAUAACAGCGUUGCUGAGCUGGUAGCUUCUACAGGCCUUCCAAUAAACAUCAGUGACGCCUACCAGGAUCCCCGCUUUGACGCCGAGGCUGAACAGAUAUCUGGUUUUCACAUAAGAUCGGUUCUCUGCGUACCUAUUUGGAAUAGCAACCACCAAAUAAUUGGAGUGGCUCAAGUGUUAAACAGACUUGAUGGGAAACCUUUCGAUGACGCAGAUCAACGACUUUUUGAGGCUUUUGUCAUCUUUUGUGGCCUUGGCAUCAACAAUACAAUUAUGUAUGAUCAAGUGAAGAAGUCGUGGGCCAAGCAAUCUGUGGCUCUUGAUGUGCUAUCUUAUCAUGCAACAUGUUCAAAAGCUGAAGUUGACAAGUUUAAGGCAGCCAACAUCCCUUUGGUGUCAGAACUUGCCAUCAACGACAUACAUUUUGAUGACUUUUCUCUCGAUGUUGACACCAUGAUCACGGCUGCUCUUCGGAUGUUCAUGGAGCUGGGGAUGGUACAGAAAUUUAAAAUCGACUAUGAGACACUGUGUAGGUGGCUUCUGACAGUAAGGAAAAAUUAUCGGAUGGUUCUAUACCACAACUGGAGACAUGCCUUCAACGCGUGCCAGCUGAUGUUCGCAAUGUUAACUACCGCCGGGUUUCAAGAGAUUCUGACCGAAGUGGAAAUUUUAGCGGUGAUUGUGGGAUGCCUGUGUCAUGACCUCGACCACAGGGGAACCAACAAUGCCUUCCAAGCUAAGAGUGGCUCUGCCCUGGCCCAACUCUAUGGAACUUCUGCUACCUUAGAGCAUCACCAUUUCAACCACGCAGUGAUGAUCCUUCAAAGCGAGGGUCACAACAUCUUUGCUAAUUUGUCCUCCAAGGAAUACAGUGACCUUAUGCAGCUUUUGAAGCAGUCAAUACUAGCAACAGACCUCACGCUGUACUUUGAGAGGAGAACUGAAUUCUUCGAACUUGUCAGUAAAGGAGAAUAUGAUUGGAACAUCAAAAACCAUCGUGAUAUAUUUCGAUCAAUGUUAAUGACAGCCUGUGACCUUGGAGCCGUGACCAAACCGUGGGAGAUCUCCAGACAGGUGGCUGAACUUGUAACCAGCGAGUUCUUUGAACAAGGAGAUCGGGAGAGAGCAGAACUCAAACUCACUCCUUCAGCUAUUUUUGAUCGGAACCGGAAGGAUGAGCUGCCUCGGUUGCAACUGGAGUGGAUCGAUAGCAUCUGUAUGCCUUUGUAUCAGGCAUUGGUGAAGGUCAAUGUGAAACUGAAGCCGAUGCUGGAUUCAGUAGCUGCCAACAGAAGUAAGUGGGAAGAGCUGCACCAGAAAAGGCUGCUCAUCUCUUCGGCUGCCCCUGCCCCCUCUGUCAAUCUCAUGGUGACAGGAGAUGACAGAGACUAA